AUGCGUCUGUCUCUUCUUCUCGCCAUCUUGCCCGUCGCCCUCGCCGCCCCAGCGACCAAGCGCGAUGAGCCCGCACCGUUGCACGCCGCCGCCGUGGAGAGCGCCGCGAUCCCCGGCAAAUACAUUGUCAAGUUCAAAAAGGGCAGCGCCUCGGCCGAUAACCGCAUGCACAUCAUGGCCGAGCACGCCGAGCACGUCUACACCAACGUGAUGCAGGGCUUUGCCGGCUCCCUCGACGCCGAGACCCUCAAGGCGCUCCGCAACCACCCGGACGUUGAAUACAUCGAGCAAGACGCCCGUGUCAGCAUCAAUGGCUGGGUCACGCAGCCCCAGUCCACCUGGGGCCUCAGCCGCAUCUCGCACCGGGCCAAGACGGCCAAGGGCUACACGUACGACAGCAGCAGCGGCGAGGGCACGUGCGUGUACGUCAUCGACACGGGCAUCGACGACAGCCACCCCGACUUUGGCGGGCGCGCGCUGCAGGUCAAGAGCUUCGUCGACGGCGAGCCGGCCGACGGGCACGGCCACGGCACGCACUGCGCCGGCACCAUUGCCAGCAACACGUACGGCGUCGCCAAGAAGACAAAGGUGUUUGGCGUCAAGGUGCUCGACAACAACGGCUCGGGCUCGUGGUCCAACGUCAUCGCCGGCAUGGACUUUGUCGUCAACGACUCGCGCGAACGCGACUGCCCCAGCGGCACCCUCGCCAGCAUGAGCCUCGGCGGCGGCUACUCGGCCGCCAUCAACGGCGGCGCCGCCGAGCUCGUCUCCAGCGGCGUCUUCGUCUCCGUCGCCGCCGGCAACGAUAACAGGGACGCCGCCAACUACUCGCCCGCCUCCGAGGAGAGCGCCUGCACCGUCGGCGCCACCACCUCGGCCGACGCCCGCUCCGCCUUCUCCAACUACGGCCGCAUCGUCGACAUCUUCGCCCCCGGCUCCAACAUCUUGUCCCUCGCCCCCGGUGGCGGAACGGCCACCAUGUCCGGCACCUCCAUGGCCGCUCCCCACAUUGCCGGUCUCGCUGCCUACAUUGGCGGCCUCGAGGGUCUCACUGGCGGUUCCAUCUGCAACCGCCUCGUACAGCUCGCCACCCGCGGCACCCUCGCCGGCAUCCCCGGCGGCACCGUGAACCUGCUUGCUUUCAACGGCAACCCCUCUGGUUAG